ACAGUAUGGCGUAUUUAAGCGCGAGCAGCAGGGCUGAGCGAGCUUCCUGUCAAACACAGCCAUGAUACAGCAGUGUCCUUAGUCGUGUCUAAAAAUCUAGUCAGCUUUCAUAAAAUGAGGCAUUACCUUCAUACAAAUGUCGUAGCGUAAUUUUGUUCACGUUUUGAAUAAUUUCUGAAUCGAGGUGGAGUUACAUUUUCGCCUUUCGCUAACUGGCUAAUGUUAGCAAGCUGGCUGUCAGUGAAGAAAAACUGAACGCGGAAGAAGUGACGUCUUGGAUUCGAAAGCGGAAGUUCUGGAGUCCACAUUUCUGAUCUGAAAGCAGGUUUGUUUGUUUGUGGAAAGAGGAAUGGAUGGAGACGAAAGAGCAACUUCUGAAAGGAUUCUUCUGGAGCCGUACAAGUACUUGUUACAACUGCCAGGAAAACAAGUCCGAAAGAAACUCUCUCAAGCAUUCAAUCAUUGGCUCAAUGUCCCAGAGGAUAAACUUCAGGUUAUCAUUGAGGUGACUGAAAUGCUUCACAAUGCCAGUCUGCUGAUAGAUGACAUUGAAGAUAGCUCCAAACUGCGACGUGGUUUCCCGGUCGCUCACAGCAUCUACGGCAUCCCGUCCGUCAUCAACUCGGCCAACUACGUCUACUUCUUGGGUCUGGAGAAGGUACUGAUGUUAGAUCACCCGGAGGCAGUGCACGUCUUCACCCGUCAGCUACUAGAGCUGCACCGCGGCCAAGGCCUUGACAUCCACUGGCGUGACACGUACACCUGUCCCAGCGAGUCCGAGUACCGUGCCAUGGUGCUGCAGAAAACCGGUGGCUUGUUCGGUCUCGCCGUGGGACUCAUGCAGCUCUUCUCCGAUUGGAAACGAGAUCUCAAACCUCUUUUGGACACUCUGGGUCUUUUCUUUCAGAUACGCGACGACUACGCCAACCUGAACUCGCAAGAGUACAGCGCCAACAAGAGCUUCUGCGAAGACCUGACGGAGGGAAAGUUCUCCUUUCCUACCAUACACGCCAUCUGCUCGCAUCCAGAGAGCACGCAGGUGCAGAACAUUUUGCGUCAGCGUACCGAAAAUAUGGAUAUCAAACGUUACUGCGUCGACUAUCUGGAGAAAGUGGGAUCGUUCGCGUACACCCGGCAGACCCUUAAGGAUCUGGAAGCUGAAGCGUACCGGCUGAUCGUGGACCUGGGAGGAAAUCCAGAACUUGAGGGCUUGGUGAAGCAUCUGAGUCGCAUGUACAAAGAGCCUGAAGUCAAAAGUUCAGUCGGACAAUCUGAAGAUCCUGGAAGUGGAAGUUCAGACAGCCAAGCAAAUCUAUGACCCCGUGUCAGUCGUGUGCGCACCUAUAGAUUCCUGAAACCUUGAACUUUUUGUAUGAGUUAGUGGUUAUUUUUUGACCUGCAUUAUUUGGCCUGAAGGCAGUUUGCUUUCUGACAAUACACUAUAAAAAAAUCA